AGAUAUAAACAAACACUAGUUCACAAAAUCUUACAUAUUUGACACCUGGCUCUCUACCUCACUAUCACUAUCAUCCAAAUAUCAUCACCCCCUUUUCCUCUCACUUUAUAUAUUAUUGCUACCUAGCUAGUUCUUUCAAAUUAUUAGAUUCAUUCAUCCUCCUUAUUCAUACUCCCCUAGCCUUAUUCCUUCCACCAUGAAGUUCUUCAACUGGAUGCAAAAUAAACUUGGUGGGAAACAAGAGAAUAGAAAAUCAAACACAUCUACAUCUACUACUUACGCAAAACCAGAGCCUAGAGAAGAAUUUAGUGAUUGGCCUCAUAGUUUGCUAGCAAUUGGAACAUUUGGAAACAACAACGAAAUCACACAAAACAUAGAAAACCAAAAUACACAACAAGAGGAUCCAUCCUCCUCAGAGGAAGUACCAGACUUCACUCCAGAAGAAAUUGGAAAACUACAAAAGGAGUUAACAAGACUCUUACGACGAAAACCAAACGUCGAAAAAGAGAUUUCUGAGCUUCCCCUUGAUAGAUUUCUUAACUGUCCAUCAAGCUUGGAGGUUGAUAGGAGAAUCAGCAAUGCACUUUGCAGUGAAUCAGGUGGUGACAAAGAUGAGGAUAUUGAGAAGACACUUAGUGUCAUACUUGAUAAAUGCAAAGACAUUUGUGCUGAAAAAAGCAAGAAAUCAAUUGGAAAGAAAUCUAUAUCUUUUCUUCUUAAGAAGAUGUUUGUUUGUAGAAGUGGAUUUGCUCCAACACCUAGCCUUAGAGAUACUCUUCAAGAGUCAAGAAUGGAGAAGCUUCUAAGGACAAUGCUUCACAAGAAACUUUACACUCAAAAUAAUUCGCGCGCACCGGUGUUAAAGAAGUGCUUAGAGAACAAGAAGAGUAUAAAGAAGAGGAAUGAGGAUGAAGCAGAAGAGAGAAUUGAUGAAGGAAGUAAAUGGGUCAAGACUGAUUCUGAAUAUAUUGUUCUAGAGAUAUAAUUCUGCAUCUAUUUUUAGUACACCUUUGUUAGUGCAUUUCAAGAUUGAAGAAAGAAGUCAAAGAUAUAAUAUAUGUACAAGAUUGUGGGGAGAGUAUGAAGUGGAGCUUAAAUUUUUCAAAAUGAAGUUCAUUGUGAUAUCUUUGUUUUGUUAACGGUGCUACCCGUUAAUUUUUUCAUGUGAUUGUGUCUACAAAUGUGGAACAACUCAUGUUAUGGAAAAUCACAUGAUGGAUUUUUGAUUUGUACUAGCUUGGCUAGAAUUUCUUUACACACAUUUCUCAUCUUUUUUUUACUCCACUUUGUAGUUACCUACUCUCCUUGUAACAUGUUGGAAUUGCUAUAUAUAUACUUUUUUCCUACUCCACUUUGUA